GCUCUCUCUCCCCUGAGGGGCCAGCCCUGCCCACCAUGCAGCAGAAUCUCAACUACCUGUACCCCCAGAUCUACUGGGUGGACAGCAAUGCCAGCGCUCCGCGUGUCCCUCCGGCCCCCUGUCCUCCACCGACGCCGCCCCCCGUGCCUGAGAGGCCUGGCCGGAGGCGGCCGCCACCCCCGCCUCCACCCCUCCCGAAGCCGAGAAGGGACCAUGGCACGUGCCUCGGUCUCCUCAUGGUCUUCUUCAUGGUGCUGGUAGCCCUGGUUGGACUGGGGCUGGGCAUGGUCCAAAUUUUCCACUUGCAGAAGGAUCUGGCAGAUCUCAGAGAGCUUGCCAGCAAUGGACAGAAAACACCAUCUUCCCAGAAGCAAAUAGGGCUUCAGCAUCCAGUUUCAGAAAAGGAGACGCUAAGGAAGGUAGCACACUUAACAGGCAAGUCCAACUCAAAAGCAGCCACCAGUAUUCUUUUGGAGUGGGAAGACACCUUGGGACACGCUUUCGUCUCAGGUGUAAAGUACAAGAACCACGGUCUCGAGAUCAACGACACCGGACUCUAUUUCGUGUACUCCAAAGUGUACUUCCGAAGCCGAGAUUGCAGCAACAAGGUCCUGAGCCACACUGUUUUCAAGAGGAAUCCCAACUACCCAAAGGACUUAGUGCUAAUGGAGGGCAGGAAGACCAACUACUGCUCUUCGAGCCAGAUGUGGGCCCACAGCAGUUACCUGGGAGCCGUGUUCAACCUCACUAGAGCCGAUCGUUUGUACGUCAACGUGUCUGAGCCGAAACUGGUCUACUUUCAGGAGUCAGAGACGUUCUUCGGCUUGUACAAACUCUAGAAGAGGAACGAGGGCUGCUCCAUUGAGGCUCCCGAGGCACUUGCCCUUGUCAGCGUGGGUAUGGUUCUAAUCUGGAAC